AGAAGAAGGGAACUAGUUCUCGCAUGUGUACUAUUCAGUUCCCGAUGUUACGGAAGCCCUAACGCAAAUGAGCAAGGUUUAGUUGGAAAAAAUUAAGAGGGACAAAUUAAUUAACCACUAUUACUUGACGGGAUAAGUGUUUUGUAACCAAAAUUGGUAGAAUACAUUGCUUUAAUCGUUUUCACUGCCACUGCUGUUCAGGUCAAGGUGACUUUCGUUUGUGUAAAGUGGUUUAGUGAGUGGCGAUGGCCGAGUUGGUGAGAGAUUGGUUGGCGGACUAUCAGCGCGCCCGUCGCCAGCCAGAGGAAUCCGAAGCUUUUGUAGUCGAACAUGAAACGGAUCCGGAAAUCGCCGAGGCCAUCUUCACGAUAUUCAACGAACGGCAGCGGCACGAGAGCCUGGUGCACGACAUUUGCCAGCAACUGCUAUCGUUUUACAGGGCCCCAGAGGUGGUGCUGCACAAAUUUCCAUUGCAAUUCAUACCUGUGUUAAUCUACACGUACCUGCAUGCGGUGGCGGCGGGCGACAAGAAGGCCUCACGUGGCGUGGAAACGCUACUGAUAUGCAUUUAUAAUGGCGAGGUAUCCACCGACGACGGAGGCCAAAAGGUGGUUGCAUUCCGCAUGCCUAUACUAGCGCAGGCAUCCGUUUACCAUGAGAUGAAGAAUCUGCCCAUGACCGAUCUGCGACGCUGGGAGGAGAACUGCAACCGUGAGGUAAAAUGGGGACCGCAUAUGCGCAUCGAAUCAAUUACCGCUCAAAAUCGUAUGCGCAUUAUGGCCGCCCUGCUCUUUUGCUACAAUCAGCAGGUUAAUUUAGCGCAAAAGUCCUCGCUGCUGCAUUUGUGCCGUGUGGCGUCACAACUGGUCAAUCAAGGCUUUACCAGCAAAUCUGGCCAUGCUCAUCGCAUGAGCUACGGCUCCGACCCAACCACGGGGGCCACCUUUCCGAAACCUUCAUCACCGCGCAUUCCUCUGUCGUGCGCAUUCCUGAUCGAACUGGUGCAUGCCAUUUAUUUCGCUAUGUUUAACGGAUUUGGCACUAUUGCCAUACAGACACUAGAGGAUAUACACAACCGCGCUGGCUACGAAAUGUACACUGGAGUAAUAUUAGUGACAAGUGCAGUGCGAAACUCAUUGCACGCUAAUCCCUCAGGUCAGCCAAAUGACGGACCCAUGGGCUUGAGCGUGGCACUGACUCCAUCCACAAACACCGUAACGACUUCUGUAUCAAAAUCGAUGAUUACAAACGCAUCAUUCCGAACGAAAAAACUUCCCGACGAUAUACCUAUACAAGUACAAGACCUCACGAUGCCACAAGCGCCACAGCAGUUGGCGAGCGUAACAGAAGAAUCGGAGCCGGGCUCUAAGGAGUCUCCCUCGACAAAAGAGGGAAGUGGAACGCGCACCUCCAUUAUUCGUCCCAGCAUGGAGGGCAUUAAGGCUCAGGCGCAUAAGGCGCUCAUAGCUGGAUUCAAGAAGUCGAAAGACAAGGAUAAGGAUAAGGAGGGCAAAUCUGCUGAACCGCCAAAACCACCGCAACGUAAGUUCGAUAAGCACUCACAGCGAAAUUCGUUGCUUCAAAUGCAAUCGGACACCGGCCUCGACUAUGAGAAGAGCCCCUUGGCAACCAAGGCAAAGACCUACGAUGCUGUGGUGGAGCAGCAACCCACCGAAAUGCUGCCCCUCCAAACGUUGUCGCUCAUCAAUGAGAACGGUAGCAAUAGUUUUAGCGUUGAUAGCGACAUGAAUGAGGGGGUGGGAGCUAUUCAAGGCGGCGGUCCCCCUGGCCAGUUGCCCACACUAAACAGCAACACCAACUCCAUAACAAGCAGCGAUUUGAUAACAAAAAGCUUCGACUCGAGCGUUGAACUCGCGCAAUUGGGUCACAGCAAUAGCAACGGGGCCAAGUUGGCCGAACAUGGACUUGAAUAGUGAGCUCGUCGUAUGGAGUGGAUGAGUGGCAAGUUCAACAACAAAUUAGCCAAAUUCAAGUAUAUUUAUUAUGAUUAUAUUACAUGUAUAUUCGCACGUUUGUUGAACGAGCUGCACUUUUACCUUUGGGUAUUAACACAUGAACAAAGCAGGAUGCAUGGCGAGAGGAUCGCAAUACUAAAACCAUUUAAACUUGUUGAAUUUUUUUGGUAAUUCUUAGUUGUUAUGUAACCAUACUACUUUAUUGUAAUUGUUGGUAAAAUGUAUACGUAUUUCUAAUUAGUUCUUUCGGUUAGGUUUAAGCGUUUAAAGUUUUACAAGUGCAUCAACAUAGAAAGCCAAGAAACUCAGAUAGUUCCACCCAUAAUCCCAAUAAGAAUUUCCUGAACAUUUCUCUUAAAUGUAACAAAUACAACUUAAAUUGAAUUUAAAGGUAA